AACAGCUGCCCCGCUUCCGGCUUGCUCCUCGACAACAGAACAAUCUGGUGGCGCAGUGGAACCAAGUAUAUUUUGUUGUUAAAAUAUUCUUAAUUGCAUUGAUAGGUCCCUCUGUAAUAAAGGACAUUGAUGUCAUUUGGUGGAACUCAAAACGGCGGCCGCCGCAGCAAAUGGGACCAGCCGGGGCCCGGGUCCGGUUCUGGGGGGAUGGGUGAGGUGGAGACUGCACCCACUGGGGCCCUGGAUGCAGCAGCAGCCGUGGCUGCUAAGAUCAAUGCCAUGUUGGUGGCCAAAGGAAAACUGAGACCCUCACAAAUAGGAGUCCCUGGACCCCUCGACAAGGUCGUGGGUGUUUGCAAACCUGCGAUGCAGACUAAAGCUAAGGAUGAUCUGGUGGUGGCCGAGGUGGAGAUUAACGACGUGCCCCUCACCUGCCGUAACCUACUGACCCGGGGGCAAACCCAAGAUGAGAUCAGUAAAAUUAGUGGCGCUGCGGUGUCCACUAGAGGGCGCUACAUGGCCGCAGACGAGAAGGGCAAAGCACUGUCGGGGGAGCGACCUCUUUACCUGCAUGUCCAAGGCCAGACCAGGGAGCUGGUGGACAGGGCUGUCAACAGAAUCAAGGAGAUCAUCACCAACGGAUUGGUGAAGGCUGUGGCUGCAACAACAUCCUCUUCGUCCUACAGUCACAGUCCUGCAGCCCCAGCACCAGUUUACCAACCGCAUAAACCACCUUCAGUCUCGAUGCCACCCAUGAGCCAUGGCCACAAACCACACUAUCAGUCUGGGAUGCACUAUGUGCAGGACAAACUCUUCGUGGGUCUGGAGCACGCCAUCCAGGGCUUCCCCGUGAAGGAGAAGGUGGAGGGACCCGGCUGCUCCUACCUGCAGCACAUCCAGGCCGAGACGGGGGCCAAAGUCUUCCUCCGGGGGAAGGGCUCGGGCUGCCUGGAGCCCACCUCUGGACGCGAGGCCUUCGAGCCCAUGUACAUCUACAUCAGCCAUCCUAAACCUGAGGGGUUGGCAGCCUCCAAAACCCUCUGUCAAAACCUGCUCCAAACCGUACAUGCUGAAUAUUCCAACUUCCUGAACCAAAUGAGUUCAAUGAUGCCCCCGCAAGGCUACAUGCCGCCAAUAGCAGUCAACGGAUUGCCCCCCCAGCCUGCCUACUACCCCCCUGCAGGCUACCAGCCAGGCUACCCCAUGCCCGUCCCCCCACCCCGGCCGGUUCCCCCUCCGUACGCUGUCCCCCCGCCCAUCCCCCUAGCAGCCCCCUCGGUGGUGCCCCCCCCGUACAGCCUCCCCCCUGCCCGUCUACCCGCCCCUGUUCCCGCCGUGAUGCCACCGCUGCAGGUCACUCCCGUUCCCUCCUUCUCUCCCGCUGUGCCCGCUCUCCCCAAGGCCCCGCCCCCGUUGCAGGCAACCAAUCCCCCGCAGAAAAGGCGCUUCACGGAAGAGGUGCCGGACGAGAGGGACAGCGGGCUCCUUGGUUACCAGCAUGGACCCAUUCAUAUGACUAAUUUAGGUGCAGGCUUCCCAGUGGGCAGCCCGGAGACCUCAGGACCCCUGUCACAGAGUUCCUCCAGUGCACCAAAUGAGAGGGACAGUCGACAGCUAAUGACCCCACUGCCCAUGUCUUUGAACGGAGGUAUGAGACCCAAGAUGGAGGAGAUGAGGGCACUGCAAGGCCCUCUGGAGCCUUCCGUGAAGCGAGUGAAGACGGGCCUGGUGGCGUACACAGGGGACUCCUCGGACGAAGAGGAGGAGCGCCGCUCUGCCCCACGGGCUCUGGGGACAGGUAACCCUGGGUUGGCUCCCCCUCCGUCCCCCAGCUGGGCGCAGGGGUACCGCGGCCUCACGCCUGCAGCGCCCCGUGACAAAGCUCAGACACACCAUCAGCAGCAGCCGCCCAUGCCCUUCUGGAUGGCCCCUUGAGGCAGAGCCAGGCCCAGCACAAACCCCUGAAAUGAAUUUGAAUGGCCCUGUCCUUCCAGGGCGACCCAACACCUUGUGGUUGGCUUUUGACACGUGUUCACGACCACAUUGAAAACGGGUUCUGCACUUUGGUCGGCAAAAAGACUUGCUGAUGUUUUUUGUUUUUUUGAAGUAGCUCUCAACGAUAGGUUGGAAAUGCAAUGUGUAAAAGACAUUUGAAAUCUUUAAAUACAUUUUUGUUAAACUACUGUGCUGGCUCCUCCAUGGAUAGAUCAGCAAUACUAAACCUUCACUUUUGGAUUAAUCCCCCGUGCGGAAGUAAAAAAGUAUUUUUAACAGGUAAUGAUGUCUCAAAUUGCGUCUUUCUAUUCGCCUCUUUCUACUUUCCCUUGUUAAAAGUUUCCAGGGUUAAAAGUUCCGUUUGCCAUUCCUUUAUGCUUUUUUGUACAAACUAAACUUAACCUCAUGUCAUAGACCAAUUAACUUUAUUUCAUGAUUUUGUGAAAUAAAUGUUAUUUAUUGCAGUGUA